GCCAAGGCCGAGGCGGUGGCGGCGAGGGCGACAGCGAGAGGCAGUGGCGCGACGACUGCCCCCCAGCCCGACCACCAUGAGCACCAAGCAGGUCACUUGCAGGUAUUUUAUGCACGGUGUGUGUCGGGAAGGAAACCAGUGCCUGUUCUCACAUGACUUGGCCAACAGCAAGCCCUCCACCAUCUGCAAAUACUAUCAGAAGGGCUGUUGUGCCUACGGAACUCGUUGCAGAUAUGAUCACACGAGGCCCUCUGCUGCAGUGGGUGGUGCUGCGGGCACCGUCCCCCACGGUGCGUCCUCCCUGGGUUUCCACAGUCCUCACUCUCCUUCUGACCUCUCUGCAGCUGUUGUGAAAACUAGCUUACACGAGCCUGGGAAACGUGAAAAGAGAACAUUGGUACUUAGAGACCGAAAUCUCUGUGGCCUCGCUGAGGACAAGGCUCUGCCUCGUGUGGUGAGUAACCCAGGGGGGUGCACUGACCCCCAGAACAGCCUGGAGAUGAAGCCGCACUCCUAUCUGGAAGCCAUCAGGAGUGGCCUCGAUGACUUAGAAGCCAGCAGCUCCUACACCAGCGAGCAGCAGCUGUGUCCCUAUGCCGCUGCCGGGGAGUGCCACUUUGGAGAUGCUUGUGUCUACCUGCAUGGGGAGAUGUGUGAGAUCUGCAGGUUACAUGUCCUGCACCCCUUUGAUCCGGAGCAAAGAAAAGCACAUGAAAAGAUUUGCAUGUCGACCUUUGAACAGGAGAUGGAAAAGGCCUUUGCCCUCCAGGCAAGUCAGGACAAAGUGUGCAGCAUCUGCAUGGAGGUGAUCCUUGAGAAGGGGUCUGCUUCUGAGAGGAGAUUUGGGAUUCUCUCCAACUGCAAUCACACAUACUGCUUGUCCUGCAUCCGGCAGUGGAGGUGUGCCAAGCAAUUUGAGAACCCCAUCAUUAAGUCUUGUCCAGAAUGCCGUGUGAUAUCAGAAUUUGUCAUUCCAAGUGUAUACUGGGUAGAAGAUCAGAAUAAAAAGAAUGAGUUGAUUGAAGCUUUCAAACAGGGAAUGGGGAAAAAGGCCUGUAAGUACUUUGAGCAAGGCAAGGGGACCUGCCCAUUUGGAAGUAAAUGCCUUUACCGCCAUGCUUACCCUGACGGGCGGCUUGCAGAGCCCGAGAAACCCCGGAAACAGCUCAGUUCUGAAGGCACCGUGAGGUUCUUCAAUUCUGUGCGGCUCUGGGAUUUCAUCGAGAACCGAGAAAGCCAACACAUCCCCAACACUGAAGAUGUGGAUAUGACCGAGCUUGGGGACCUCUUCAUGCACCUUUCUGGAGUGGAGUCUUCAGAGCCCUGAAGAGUAGAUGGUCGCCCCUGCAUCUUGGGCUCCGCUGGCCGAGCCUCCCAAGCUAGGGCAUGCAGUUCCCUGUCUGCUGCACUAGGUGGUGUGUCACUUGAGUUUGAGUAGGAUUGUACUUUAGCCUUGGCCUCUCCACUCUCCACGGGAACAGUGAAGGAUAUAAAAUAACCUGUCUAGUAUACGGCCUGGUCAUUCUUACAGUUGAUACGUUAGCUGCACUUCAGGCUCCUUAGGGUAAACAGCUGAUCAUUCAGACCGAGUUCUGACCAACUGCUUUUACAACAAACUUGGUUCCCGUUUCUCCCCAGAAGCAGUAAACGCGCACUUGCUCCUAAAGCAGCAGAUUCCUUUUUCUUACCAAAGGGUUCUUCAUCCUGUAAAAGGAUUCCUUCUGUAGUGUAUUCCCUUAGUGUAUUUAAACAGUGUGUGGUCAAAACUAUGACAUAUACGGAACUUUUCAUUUUCUGUAAAGUGGCCCUUCACACCUAUAGAACUUUAGUACUCAAAGGCUCUUCAUUUUGAGUAUGAUCAUUGAGUUCUCUGAAGUGUCCAAAAACAGUUGCUCCUUUCAGGAAAAAACCCUUCGUUACCCCAAAACUAGAAUUUUGUAUUUUGGCCAACCUGCAAAAUGACAGAGGCCGUGUUUACAGGAAGAGCAGUAAUCUUCUUGCCAUGUGUUCAGUAAACAAAGUUAAGCAUAAAUCUUUUUACCUAUACGGGAGGCUCCUGAAGUAACGGGCAUUCCUGGGAGGCAGAGCGGAAGUGUAGCCCCCUCACUGCUGGGCUGGGACCCAAGGAGCCCCUGCCCACAUCCCUCCAGGAAGAGCAGUAAUCUUCUUGCCAUGUGUUCAGUAAACAAAGUUAAGCAUAAAUCUUUUUACCUAUACGGGAGGCUCCUGAAGUAACGGGCAUUCCUGGGAGGCAGAGCGGAAGUGUAGCCCCCUCACUGCUGGGCUGGGACCCAAGGAGCCCCUGCCCACAUCCCUCCAGAGAAAACAGCCCCGGCUCUCACCUGAGAGCUCUUCUUUGGACAGGCCUGUCGUGUGGGGUUAAUACUCAAGCAUUUAUUCUUACCUGUAAAGCCUGGCUUUGAUUUAAAUUUUGUAACUUAAUGGAGCCCAAGGACGUUUCUGGUUCUGUACCCAGCAGGUGUCCCAAAAAAGAUCUGAGCUCAAGUUUUCCGUCAUCAGUUGUGGUUUUAAUUGAAUGACGAGCAUAAUCUUGGAAUUUGUCUAUUUUUGUAACAAGCCGUAGAUACCAAAUAUUUUAUAAAUGUGGGUAGAGAAAGGUCUACUUUGACCCUGGAGUUUAGAGUGCUUUUAAGACAAAGGCUGAAGUAAAAUUCAUUCCCAGCCUACACUCUGGGCUCACUUCCUGCUUCUUGAGUUCUUCUCCAGAAGAGAGUACUAAUUUAUACCCCAACCCCUUUCUAAGGGAGUGAACAUUCUAAGGGAGUGAACAGUGGCAUGUCAAGCUGUGAGUCAGUGGUCUUAACCUGACACUUUAUUACUUUAAAAGGAGGUAACAGCCAUUAAACCUAAAUUUAAUUUAUUUUAUUAAAAUAACAUAAUUGAGGAACCAUAGUAUAGUAACUGUAUUUUGUCAGGCGCAAUAAAAACAAAAUUAAAACCCAAAUCAUCAAGAAAA